UGAAUGUGGCGCGGUGGCGCGGGACGCAGCCUCGGCCCCUGCCGCGGCCCCGCGAGCUCGUGAGGAGACGAAGCUGCCGCCUGCCCCCACCCCCUGCGCUUCCCGGGGGAGCCGCCGCCGCCGGGGAAGAAGAACGAGGAGGGGAGCGAGGGGACGGCGGCGGGGAAACGGGAGAGGGAGGAGAAGAGGGCUCGAGGGCGAGAAGGGAAAGCGGGGAGGGACGGACGGAAGGACGGACGGCCCGACGGACGGCCCGGGGAGGGGGCCGCCAUCGAGCCUGUCCGGCCCCUCGGCUCUAGCUCGGGGCGGCCGCGGCGGCGGCGCAGGCGAAGGGAGCGGCAGGCGCUAUCGAGACAAUAACCCCGCCGCCCGGCUCCGGGGGCGGCGGCGAGAAGGAGGUGGCGGCCUAGCGCGGCCGAGGCUCGCCCAGCGCACCGGCGGCGUCUUCGCCCCCCGCCGGCCAGGUUCUGCCGCCGUCGGGUGUCGGGGCGCGCGGGUCGCCCGGAGUCCCAGGUUCGCAGCUGACGUCCCCUGCCCUCCCCCUCCCCGGCGCGCGUGGAGCUGGUUUUCCGGGUUCCUCUGGACCGAGUUGGAUCCUGCUGCUCGCCACGGCAGGAAGUGAGUUUCGCACGGUAAUUCCGGGCGGUGUCACGAGUGAAAAGUUUUUGUUUUUCGGCGGAGAUCCUAGUUGGGUCUGGGAAACUCCUGCAGAACUCGAGACCAGGAAACCAGUCCGCGUCCCAGCCCCCACCAAAGCCACCUACUCUUCCUACUGCGGGAGGCCUCUUCACAUCCGCUCUCACCAGAGAGAGAAAUUCGGCUGGAUCCGAAGUGACUAAUGAAGGGAAGGAAAUCAUGUCAGGCGAAGCCUUGAAAAAGCGGCCCUGAGACACUGCCCGACCGAAAGAUGGAGGAGAAUUCUGAAGAUUUGUCUUCUACCUUGACCAAGUUUGUUUCACAAAGGGAAUGUUGGCUCAAUUAAGAAACAUCAGGGAGAUAAAUUCAACCCAGUGUGUCUAAAAAUGACUACAAAACGAAGUUUGUUUGUGCGGUUGGUACCAUGUCGUUGUCUACGAGGAGAAGAGGAGACCGUCACUACUCUUGAUUAUUCUCAUUGCAGUUUGGAACAGGUUCCCAAAGAGAUUUUUACUUUUGAAAAAACUCUGGAGGAGCUCUACUUAGAUGCUAAUCAGAUUGAAGAGCUUCCAAAGCAACUUUUUAACUGUCAAUCUCUACAUAAACUGAGUUUACCAGAUAAUGAUUUAACAACAUUACCAGCAUCUAUUGCAAAUCUCAUUAAUCUCAGGGAACUGGAUGUCAGCAAGAAUGGAAUACAGGAGUUUCCAGAAAAUAUAAAAAAUUGUAAAGUUUUGACAAUUGUGGAGGCCAGUGUAAAUCCUAUUUCCAAGCUUCCUGAUGGAUUUUCUCAGCUGUUAAACCUAACCCAGUUAUAUCUGAAUGACGCUUUCCUUGAGUUCUUGCCAGCUAAUUUUGGCAGAUUAACUAAACUUCAGAUAUUAGAACUUAGAGAAAACCAGUUGAAAAUGUUGCCAAAAACCAUGAAUAGACUGACCCAGCUGGAAAGACUGGAUUUGGGAAGUAAUGAAUUCACAGAAGUGCCUGAAGUACUUGAGCAGCUAAGUGGAUUGAAAGAAUUUUGGAUGGAUGGUAAUAGACUGACUUUUAUUCCAGGGUUUAUCGGUAGCUUGAAACAGCUCACAUAUUUGGAUGUUUCUAAAAAUAAUAUUGAAAUGGUUGAAGAAGGAAUUUCAGCAUGUGAAAACCUUCAAGACCUCCUAUUAUCAAGCAAUUCACUUCAACAACUGCCUGAGACUGUUGGUUCAUUGAAGAAUGUAACAACUCUUAAAAUAGAUGAAAAUCAGUUAAUGUAUCUGCCAGACUCUAUAGGAGGGUUAGUGUCAAUAGAAGAACUGGAUUGUAGCUUCAAUGAACUUGAAGCUUUGCCUUCAUCUAUUGGGCAGCUUACUAAUAUAAGAACGUUUGCUGCAGAUCAUAAUUACUUACAACAGUUACCCCCAGAGAUUGGAAGCUGGAAAAAUAUAACUGUGCUGUUUCUCCAUUCCAAUAAACUUGAGACACUUCCAGAGGAAAUGGGUGAUAUGCAAAAAUUAAAAGUCAUUAAUUUGAGUGACAAUAGAUUAAAAAAUUUGCCCUUUAGCUUUACAAAGCUACAGCAAUUGACUGCUAUGUGGCUCUCAGAUAAUCAGUCCAAACCCCUGAUACCUCUUCAAAAAGAGACUGAUUCAGAGACCCAGAAAAUGGUGCUUACUAACUACAUGUUCCCUCAGCAGCCAAGGACUGAGGAUGUUAUGUUCAUAUCAGAUAAUGAAAGUUUUAAUCCUUCAUUGUGGGAGGAACAGAGAAAACAGCGGGCUCAAGUGGCAUUUGAAUGUGAUGAAGACAAAGAUGAAAGGGAAGCACCUCCUAGAGAGGGAAAUUUAAAGAGAUAUCCAACACCAUACCCAGAUGAGCUUAAGAAUAUGGUUAAAACUGUUCAAACCAUUGUACAUAGAUUAAAAGAUGAAGAGACUAAUGAAGACUCUGGAAAAGAUUUGAAACCACAUGAAGAUCAGCAAGUUAUAAAUAAUGAUGUGGGUGUAAAGACUUCAGAAAGUAUUACUCCAGUAAGAAGCAAAGCUGAUGAAAGAGAAAAGUAUAUGAUAGGAAACUCUAUACCGAAGACCAGUGAACCUGAAGCUGAGGUCAGUCCUGGGAAUCCGCCAGUGACUGCAAAUAUGAAAGCCUCUGAGAACUUGAAGCAUAUUGUUAAUCAUGAUGAUGUUUUUGAGGAAUCUGAAGAACUUUCUUCUGAUGAAGAGAUGAAAAUGGCAGAGAUGCGACCACCAUUAAUUGAAACCUCUAUUAACCAGCCCAAAGUGGUAGCACUUAGUAAUAACAAAAAAGAUGAUACAAAGGAUACAGAUUCUUUAUCAGAUGAAGUUACACACAAUAGCAAUCAGAAUAACAGCAACUGUUCUUCUCCAUCUCGGAUGUCUGAUUCAGUUUCUCUUAAUACUGAUAGUAGUCAAGAUACCUCACUCUGCUCUCCAGUGAAACAAACUCAUAUUGGUAUUAAUUCCAAAAUCAGGCAAGAAGAUGAAAAUUUUAACAGCCUUUUACAAAAUGGAGAUAUUUUAAAUCAUUCAACAGAGGAAAAAACCGAGGUUCCUGAUAAAAAAGAUUUUAACUUACCUGAAUAUGAUUUGAAUAUUGAAGAGCAAUUAGUUCUUAUUGAAAAAGGUGUUGACUCAACAGCCACAUCUAAUGAAUCUCACAAAUUAGACCAUAUCAAUAUGAAUCUUAAUAAACUUGUAACUAAUGAUACAUUUCAACCAGAGAUAGUGGAAAGAUCAAAGACAGAGGACACAGUGCUUGAAACAGGCUUUUUAAGCAAUAAUGCUAAAGGAGAGGCUGAGCACUUGGAUAAUGGAAACAAGUAUCCUACUCUUGAAUGCAUAAAUAAGGUAAAUGGACGUUCUGAGGGAACUCCACAGUCUCCUAGGAGGACUGAACCACAUGACACCAGUUCUUCUGUUGAUGCAGGUCUUUCCAAAAGCACUGAAGAUCUCUCCCCUCAGAGAAGUGGGCCAAUUGGAUCUGUUGUGAAAUCUCAUAGCAUAACUAAUAUGGAGACUGGCGGGCUAAAAAUCUAUGACAUACUUAGUGAUAAUGGACCUCAGCAGCCAAGUGCAACAGUUAAAGUAACAUCUACUAUUGAUGGAAAAAACAUAGUCAGGAGCAAGUCAGCUACGCUUUUGUAUGAUCAACCAUUGCAAGUAUUUACUGGUUCUUCUUCAUCUUCUGAUUUAAUAGCAGGUACAAAGGCAGUUUUCAAGUUUGAUUCAAAUUAUAAUCCUGAAGAACCAAAUAUAAUAAGAGGCCCCACAACAAGUGGCCCACAGUCCACGCCUCAAAUAUAUGGUCCUCCACAGUAUAAUAUCCAGUACAGUAGCAGUGCUACAGUCAAAGACACUUUGUGGCACUCCAAACAAAAUCCCCAAGUAGACCAUGUCAAUUUUCCUCUGCAACGCUUUCCUAGAUCAGAGAGUACAGAAAAUCACAGUUAUGCUAAACAUUCUGCCAAUAUGAAUUUCUCUAAUCAUAACAAUGUUCGAGCUAAUACUGGAUACCAUUUACAUCAGAGACUUGGUCCAGGAAGACAUGGGGAAAUGUGGGCCAUCUCACCAAAUGACCGACUCAUUCCUGGAGCAUCGCGAACUACGAUUCAGCGACAGAGUAGUGUGUCCUCUACAGCCUCUGUAAAUCUUGGUGAGCCAGGUCCCACGAGGCGGGCCCAAGUUCCUGAAGGAGAUUAUUUAUCAUACAGAGAGUUACAUUCAGUGGGAAGAACUCCUCCAAUAAUGUCAGGAUCACAGAGACCUCUUUCUGCACGAACAUACAGCAUUGAUGGUCCAAAUGCAUCAAGGCCUCAGAGUGCUCGACCCUCUGUUAGUGAAAUACCAGAGAGAACUAUGUCAGUUAGUGAUUUCAAUUAUUCACGGACUAGUCCUUCAAAAAGACCAAAUGCAAGGGUUGGUUCUGAACAUUCAUUAUUAGAUCCUCCAGGAAAAAGUAAAGUUCCUCACGAUUGGCGAGAACAAGUACUACGACACAUUGAGGCCAAAAAGUUAGAAAAGAGCAUGCUGUCAAGGUCCUUUAAUUCCAAUUUUACUGCUGUAAGCCACUGUCACUAUGGCAGCUCUAGGGAUCUGCAUGGCAGCCAAGGCAGUCUUGCCUUGAGUAUUGCAGACGGAAGAGAUUCUGGUGGGCACAUUUUUCGACAUCCCCAGACAUCCUGUUCAGGAGAUCCUUGUCAAGAUGAUAUAUUCAUUUCAGGACAGCAGAACUACCCGUCAGCUACACUUAGUCACAAAGAUGUUCUUCCAGACAGCUGGAUGAAAAUGCCUUUGAGUAAUGGACAGAUGGGCCAGCCUCUCAGGCCUCAGGCAAAUUAUAGUCAAAUACAUCACCCCCUUCCUCAGGCAUCUGUGGCAAGGCAUCCCUCUAGAGAACAACUAAUUGAUUACUUGAUGCUGAAAGUGGCCCACCAGCCUCCAUACACACAGCCCCAUUGUUCUCCUAGACAAGGCCAUGAACUGGCAAGGCAAGAGAUUCGAGUGAGAGUUGACAAGGAUCCAGAACUUGGAUUUAGCAUAUCAGGAGGGGUUGGGGGAAGAGGAAACCCAUUCAGACCUGAUGACGAUGGUAUAUUUGUAACAAGGGUACAGCCUGAAGGGCCAGCAUCAAAAUUACUGCAACCAGGUGAUAAAAUUAUUCAGGCUAAUGGCUACAGUUUUAUCAAUAUUGAACAUGGACAAGCAGUGUCCUUGCUAAAAACUUUCCAGAACACAGUAGAACUCAUCAUUGUACGAGAGGUUUCCUCAUAAGAGCUGUGGACUAAAAAAUGGAGAGACAGCAAGAUUUAUUGGAAGAUACUUGCAGGGGAAAUUAAUAUUUUGACUAUUUUUAUAUAUAAAGAACUCAAAUAUGUUCAAAUUUGUACAUUAAUGAAAUAAUGGAAUUUGUGGUUAGAGGGAAAGAACCACUGUACAGUAUAUAGGGGAGACUGUUGAAUUCAUACCAUAUAAAACUUUUAGGUUUUUAAACAUAGCAGUCAAGGCUACAAAAACAAAUGUAUGUUGUUUUUGUAUAGAGUGUAGGUUUAUUUUUGGAUUUCAUACACAUGAUUGAACUCUGUGCAAGGCUCUAGUUAGCCUUGAUUGUAGCCCAGAGACAGAUGGCAGAGCUAUCUAUCUCAUAGCUUUUAUGCCCUUAUUUUUAUUCAACUGGUAUUAAUGUUUUUCUGCUGAAACUUUUUUUUUUAUGUGGGCAAGAGAUUCAAAGUGUUGGCUUUUGCUAUGUGCAUAUUGAAUUGAAGAAUGAGUAGGUGAAGGUGGUGCUGGUGGGUUCACUUUCCAAGGCCAGAUUAAAACAGUUAUUUCCUAUAAAAAUCUGGAAGCAAAGAAUGAAAAAAAAACAGCUGUUAAUGUGUUUUUAUUAAUAGAAUAAUGCAAUAAAAAAUGUGAUGUCUUUUUAAAGAAAUAAAAAAGACAAUAAUUGCAUUUUAUGAGCUCUUCAGGAUCUGUUCUUGUCAUAGCCAUUACUCUACAUCUGCUACUAGUGAAUCAAGUUUCAAUUUUUUAGUCACAGGAAAUUUUUAACUCUUCUGUAGAUGCAUGUCCAUGCAUUUUCUUUCCUUUUUGUUUUUUUUUUUUUUGGUCCAUGCAUUUUCCGUGAUGCAGAAAUUCCUUGAUUUUUUGCAAAUGGUGGUACUUGCAAUUUGUUUUAUAAUUAGUACUCCAUUUUAAUCUUAAUUUAUAAUUUUUAUUUUAAGCAACAAAUGAAACUGAAAUGGCCAGUUUUAAGAUUGUGUUGCUGUAACACAAAAUGUAAGAAGAUUUAGGAAAGCCUCUUGAUUUUGUUUGGCCUCAACAUUGCCUUGGUAAAGUAAAAGGAAACAGUACGCAUGGAGCUAGGAAACCAAAGCAAGUUUGUGAAACUGGCACAGUGAUAGAGAAUUGCUGUGGAGAGUUGUAGAGCAAAGGGAUGGGUCCUUGAGGCCUACCAGUGUGUAAUGGUGUUCAGAUAAAGGGCUGUUCCUACAGGUAACAUUAAAUGUGAACUCGACACUUCAGAGUCUUUAAAGGGUUUCUAAGUGUAUCAGUGUAAUAGUGUUUUACCACCAACUGCCUUUGUUCCUCAUUAGUGUAACAAUUAUUUGAUAGAGGUUUAUUAAUUUUGUUCAAACCAUUAAUUUUAUUUGUUUUUGUUCUGUCUAUGUAAUCAAAUAAAAUUUGAGUGACAUGCAAUGGUAAGAAUUAAUGCAUGGUUAUUUGGACCAGAAAAAAGUGCCAUAGAAGACCAAUAACUGUUUUUAGUCGAGGCUAGUCUGAGCGUUUCAUUAGAGCAAUAUUCAGUUAUUGCAAUUCAUUUUUAAUUACUAAGAAAUAUAAUUUUGGAAUUUUGAAUCUGUUACGCUUUGUUCUUCAACCUUGUUUUAAGGUUAAGUCUUCUAUAAGACUAGCGAAAACAGCAAUCUGCAUUAUUUUUGCAAAAGUGAGUUGGACUCGUUUGUUUCUUGCUAGUCAGAGUAAAUAGGCAGUACUUUUAAAAAGAUGUGAACUCCAAUACUGCACUUCUUUCAAGAUGUUAUCAAUUGGUUAUUGUACUGUAUAGUUUUAAUAAUAUUGAUUGAAGCCCUUUAACAACUCUUUGUAAAUUUUAACUCAUUUUAGUUGAUUUUCAGUACUAUUUACAUAGGAAUUGAUUUUUAUGGAUAUAGUAGACAAAAUGUGCUGUAUUUUGAUAAAAUUCAUUUAUUGUAUGUGUGUUGUAAUCUCAAAAAAAUGACAAACAGCUUCUUUAAGACAAGCCUUGGUGUUCCCUUUAUUCAUAGUUUAUUUUAAAAUAUUAAUUUUGGCAUUCUAAAAUUACUCCCAUCAUUUUUUAUUGGUUUCAGUCAACUUCUCACAGUCACAUUCUGCUUUUAAUAAGGAAUACAAAAAAUAGGUAUAAUUCUGACAUUUUCAACUUCUUUACCUUGAAUCAGAUACACAGACUGUGAUUUUGGAAAAGGAAAUAAGCCACAAAGAACAAUUGAUUCAUCAAUGAUCUAACCUUAAAUUAGUUGUCUGCACAUUAUAUUGAAAUAUUACAAGUACAACAAAUGUUAUAUACACUAGUAUUUUCUUCUAUUCUAGUUAAUUUAAAAAAAUUUUAAUGUUCUCGUAACACACAAAGUCAAGUAAGAAAGUUUGUUACAAGAUGAGUAACAUGACACAUAACUUAAAAAACUAAUAGCAAAAUAGUUUUGCACUUAAAUAGCCAAAGUUUUCUCCUAAAAUGCUGGAAAAUUAAAAUUAAAUAACAAGAAUUCUUCAUUAGAAUUUUUGUUUUGGUAAUGAUAAAAUUUCAAAAUUUGAAUAAAAGAGUAAUAAUUUAAAUCUUUUGAGGAAAUAGAAAAGACAUUUUUAGUUUAUAUAUUAUUGAGUAAUCUGUAGUUAAGGCCCAUGCCCAUAAUUGAUAUACUUACUUUUAAUAAGUAUUAUGUAGCAAACCAUCAAAACCAAAACUGUCUUAUUUUUAGUAACAGCAUUUAAAAUUGACCACACUAAAAUUUUAAACCGUUAAAAAUUAUACGUCCAGCACAAAAUUGUUUACACAAACUAAAGUUUUAUGCUGAUUCAUUAAGGAAUCAUUGGUUCCUCUGAGUCCAUGAAAUUCUAAAACUCCCUACACAUUUAUUUUGUAAAUAUUUUUCUGACCUCUUUGGACUUGAAGCUGUGUAUAUACUUGAAAAAUUCUUUAAGAACAUUUAAUCCCUCGUAUUUCUGGGUGUGGAAGAAGUGUAGGUUUACCUUAUUUUUUACUUCUGAAGGAAGCCUUUGGGAUGGAAAUGCUUUUCAGUUCAUGAUUGGUGAUCAGUCACAUCUACUUGAAAAGGUAUUUUUUUCAUUCUUUGUUGAAGUUCUUAUUAGCUUAUACUUUUGGUUUAAUGUAUAGUAAAUAGAUUUCUUAUGAACGAUAUAUUGAAAUCAAAAUUAGAAUAAUUUUGUUUCAUUAAAAGAGUUAAUGAAUACACAUAAUUGAUGAUGAACAAGGGAACAAGCAAUUACUUUUAAAAGGUAGUCUAGAUUAUAUAAGUAGCCAGCUCAAACCUUUAGGUAAUCCUUUUGUUUCUAAUAAUAGAAUUCAGAAAAGGUUGACUAUCGUAUAUCUAAAGCUGCUGUUUCUUUACCUCUGCAGAAUUUUAAGCCCAGCAGGGUAGCAAACACAGUCAUUUAUAGUUUUGGAAAAAUCUUAAGAGAAUGCCAUUUUCUUUUUAGGACUUUGCAUACUCUUUGUGAAGCAAUUUGCGGAAUUAAAAUUUACGGUCUCCAAAAAUGUACAGUCCUAAAAUCCAAGCAGCAUUCUAAACUGAGAAGGUUUAUUUGGGGAAAAUACCUCAGUAGAAUUUUUAAGAAAGAGACUGAAAAAUGAUGCUACUGUUAUAAUUCCCUUUUUCAAAUAUAACAACUAGGGACAGUUACAAACUUUCAUGGGAUUUCAUCUGGCCAACCUAGCUUCUCAGUCAGCUCUCAAUCUGAUUUCAGGAUGAAAUAUGAAAAGCUCAUGUAUGCUUUCCUGCCCCCAACCCUGUGAUUCAAUAAAGCUAUUUUUGUUUUGUAUGAAGAA